GCUGGACAGUUUCUCCGAUAUGAUACAACUCAUAACUAUACAACCUACUACCUCAUCGAGCAAGCUACCAUUCGGAUUGUAAACGUUGGAGUCGCAGCGUCUGAGAAUAGCUUUCUUCAUGAGGAAAAACAACAAGAUCCGGGACAGGAUGGGUAUGGUACUGGUUGGAAUGAUAUGGUGGCACGCAGUCUACCCGAGUGCCGAGCUCAUGUUCGGAAGAAAAUCUCAACACAAGUUCGGAUCUACGGGUUGACCGCGGGCUACCUCGCACCGCGUGACGACGACAGUGAUGGCGAUUGGGUUUUUGGUCAUAGCAACGGGUACCACGUCGUGCCAACGACCCUUUUCCUUGAAGUCACACAGCCACUAUCAUCGUCGCUGUCAUUGUCGCCUUCGCCAUCGCAGCAGCUCCAUCCUCGAUCUGACCUCUCACCACAUGCUACUCGGAGCAGUCUGAACGAGCUACCUCUACUAACCCGUCAUGGUGGGCGCGGUUAUUGUGCAAGGGCUGACCUUUGA